AAAACAAACCAAAAAGUAAACAAUGCAAGCCAAAGGAGAUGAAGAACAAGAACAAGCAAUUGAUUUAUUGCAAAAAUGGUUCGAAGACAAUCCAAAAUUACCAAAUAAAAUUGAUCGAAUUUUACUGACCCGAUUUUACUACUGCAUGUACAAAAAUGUUGAAGAGACCAAAAAUCUAUUAGAGAUUAAUUAUACCAUACGCAAUGAUUAUCCACAUAUCUUUAUUGAUCGUGAUCCAACGGACGAAGAUACGACUAAUACAUUUGCCUAUGCGGACAUGGUACCACUUCCUGGGUUAACUCCGGAAAACUAUCGCAUAACAUUCCUGCGCUUGUGUGAUCCCGAUCCAAAAAUGAUGCAUCAUACCGAAGAUACCAAAGCAUUUUUAAUGAUUACCGAUUGUCGUUUUGCCAGGCCAGAUGUUGUGGACGGCGAUAUGGCACUGCUAUCCGAGGGCGAAGUACAAAUAUUCGAUAUGAAUGGCUAUACCAUGAAACAUGUUACCCGUUUGUCAAUUAGAACUUUGCGAACUUAUUUGAAGUUUUUACAGCAAGCAUUUCCGGUGCGCAUCAAGGCGAUGCAUAUGAUUAACUGCCCUUCAUAUUUGGAUAAAAUGUUAAGGGUGGUAAAACCAUUCAUAAACAAGGAAGUUUUUGAAAUGAUACAUUUCCACACUACCGGCAUAGAAACAUUGUAUGAGCAUGUACCCAAAGAUAUGUUACCCGAUGAAUAUGGCGGCAAGGCUGGCAAGUUAAGCGAUUUAAAAGAUGAAUUUACAAAAACUCUGUUGGAAAAUAGAGACUAUCUCAUGGAUCCCAAUCAAUGGCGUAUUGAAAAUAUUUAA